AUGAUAGAGGAAAAAAUGACUUUGCUGUCUCUGCUGGGUCGGAUCAUGCGUUACUUCUUGCUUAGACCGGAGACCCUGUUCUUGCUGUGCAUCAGCCUGGCCCUGUGGAGUUACUUCUUCCACACGGAUGAGGUGAAAACCAUUGUUAAGUCCAGCAGGGACGCGGUGAAGAUGGUGAAGGGCAAGGUGGCCGAGAUCAUGCAGAAUGACAGGCUCGGGGGGCUAGACGUGCUGGACGCAGAGUUCUCCAAGACCUGGGAGUUCAAGAGCCACAACGUGGCUGUCUACUCCAUCCAAGGCCGGAGGGAUCACAUGGAGGACAGGUUCGAAGUAAUCACCGACCUGGUGAACAAGACUCACCCCUCCAUCUUCGGGAUAUUUGAUGGGCACGGAGGAGAGUCAGCAGCAGAAUAUGUGAAGUCCCGGCUGCCUGAAGUCCUAAAACAACAUCUUCAAGACUAUGAGAAGGACAAGGAGAACAGCGUGCUGUCUUACCAAACCAUCCUGGAACAGCAGAUUUUAUCAAUUGAUCGAGAAAUGCUGGAAAAAUUGACUGUAUCCUAUGAUGAAGCAGGUACGACUUGUUUGAUCGCACUGUUGUCAGAUAAGGAACUCACAGUGGCCAACGUCGGGGAUUCGCGAGGAGUCUUGUGUGACAAGGAUGGGAAUGCCAUCCCCCUGUCACAUGAUCACAAGCCCUACCAGCUGAAAGAGAGGAAGAGGAUUAAAAGAGCUGGUGGCUUUAUCAGCUUUAACGGCUCCUGGCGUGUGCAGGGGAUCCUGGCCAUGUCCCGCUCGCUAGGAGACUACCCUCUGAAGAACCUGAACGUUGUCAUUCCCGACCCCGACAUUCUUACCUUUGACCUGGACAAACUGCAGCCGGAGUUCAUGAUCCUGGCAUCGGAUGGUCUGUGGGAUGCUUUCAGCAACGAGGAAGCUGUCCGGUUCAUCAAGGAACGCUUGGAUGAACCACACUUCGGCGCAAAGAGUAUAGUCCUACAGUCCUUUUACAGAGGCUGUCCUGAUAAUAUAACAGUGAUGGUGGUGAAGUUCCGCAACAGCAGCAAAACAGAAGAACAGUAA